AUGGAACGGGGCGUGCCCGAAUACUCGCAGUCAGGUUUGCCUUCGCCCUAUCCAAGCGUCUUCGGCGACACUCAAUCUGAAGCUUCCUCUGCAGAUCACGCAUCUGCUGCACAAUAUCCUAGCAACCAGGAAGCGCGGGGGAGCAGUUACCCUACGUCUGCGACGCCUACCUCAGAGUACGGAGCGUACCCGCAAUCUGCGAGGUCGACGAGUUCGUUCCCAGAACAUACUCUUCGUCAAUACCAUCCAGCGAGCAACCAUAGCGGCAGCAGCGGAGGUAUGGCGCAAACACCAACAAGUCCGUCCAUGCCUUUGCAAGAUGGACGCAACCAUCAAUCCCAACAGGUCAAAUCUGACACCGAUGUACCCAUAGAUCCUUCCAUCGCGGCACCUAGCCCGACUUACGCUCCUCCUAACCAAUAUUCGCCGUACGCGCCCCCCCCUCAAGAUAUGUCGCAUAACUAUCCGCAAGGCGCCGGAAGCCUAUAUGCGCAGCCUCGCCCUGACUGGGCGAAUUAUGGCCACCCGGCCGCGCCCGGACAGAUGCCGCAUCCACACUCAGUAUACCCGCACGCAUCAUCGGCAGCAGCCCCAGGACGACCAGCACAGUAUGGUGCCCAGCAGGUCUACUCUUUUGUACCGAUCCCUGGCGCGCAACAGCACAAAAGACCUCGACGACGAUAUGAAGAAAUUGAGCGUAUGUAUAAGUGCGGAUGGAAUGGCUGCGAAAAAGCGUACGGUACGCUUAAUCAUCUGAACGCGCAUGUUACGAUGCAAAGCCACGGGCAAAAGCGGACGCCCGAAGAAUUUAAAGAAAUACGAAAAGAAUGGAAGGCGCGUAAGAAGGAGGAGGAACAGCAACGCAAGGCUGCUGAAGAGGCCGAUCGCCAGCGCCACGCUGCCGCCGCCGCCGCUCAGAACGGCGGAGGUGACCCACAGGCGGGUGAACCAGGACAAGCUCCCUCGUCGUAUACGACCAGUCGGCAAGUGCAGCUACCUCCUAUCGGGUAUCAGCCAACGCAAUACCCUGCACCGACGUCGGCUACUGUACCGCAACAACCUAUGCCAGAGUAUAGUCCUACAAGCCACAUGUAUUCUGGUUACCAACAACCGGCGUCGCCUUAUGGCCCGCAGAACCAGAGCAUGUAUAGCCAACGGGAAUAG